AUGCAGUCCAAGAUCCUCACCGCGUCUGCCCUCGUUGCAGGCGCGUCCGCCGCCAACUACCUGGGCUUCAACUCCGGAUCCACCCACGGCUCCGGUGCCGCCAAGGUCCAGAGCGACUUCGAGAAGGAGUUCAAGACCGCCCAGAACCUCGCCGGUGCCCCUGGCGACUUCAACGCCGUCCGCCUCUACACCAACAUCCAGGGCGCCUCCACCUCCGACCCCAUCGAGGCUUUCCCCGCCGCCGUCGCCACCAAGACCUCCCUCCUGCUCGGCAUCUGGACCUCCGGCACCGACAGCAUCGACAACGAGAUCAACGCCCUGAAGGCUGGCCUGGAGAAGCACGGUGACGACCUCGCCAAGCUCAUCAUCGGUGUCUCCAUCGGCUCCGAGGAUCUCUACCGUGCUGGCGCCACUGGUGUCGAGAACGACGCCGGUAUUGGUGCUGGCCCCGACGCCAUUGUCAACUUCAUCAAGGAGUUCAAGAACGAGUUCUCCAAGUACGACUUCAAGAUCGGUCACGUCGACACCUGGGACGCCUGGACCAACGGCUCCAACUCUGCCGUCAUCGACGCCGUCGACUGGCUCGGAGUCGACGAGUACCCCUACUACCAGACCGGCGAUGACAACACCAUCGACAACGCCGCCUCCCUCUUCAAGGAGGCCUACGACAACGUCGUCAAGGUCGCCGGCGGCAAGGACGUCUGGGUCACCGAGACCGGCUGGCCAUACGAGGGUCCCGACUGGGACAAGGCUGUUCCCAGCGUUGAGAACGCCAAGCAGUUCUGGGACGAGGUCGGCUGUGACCAGCUCUUCGGCAAGGUCCCCACCUUCUGGUACAACCUGGUCGACGACUCGCAGACCAACGAGAUGUCUUUCGCCAUCACCAAGGACCUGAACACCAACGCCCUCUUCAACCUCACCUGCCCCACCACCUCCAAGUCCAAGACCAGCUCCUCCGCCGUCAGCACUGCUACCGGCACGUCCAGCGCUAACGGCACUGCGACUGCCACCGAUGCCGGCGCGACCGCCACUGGAUCGUCCGGCUCUGGCUCUGGCUCCGGCUCUAGCAGCUCCGGCUCUGGCUCCUCCAGCUCGGACUCGGCCGACUCUUCAUCGUCUUCCACCGUCGCUGCCAGCGGUGCCUCGGCUGCCAAGCUGGGCUCGUCUGCUUUCGCUGCCGUCGCCUUCAUCGGUGCCGCCUUCGCCCUCCUCUAA